CGUCAAAGCUUCGAGCACAUUGCUAAGCGACUGAGCGGUGUUAUCGAUGCAUUGGAUGAUGAGAUCCGUAAUAUGGAUGAAAAAAAUCGAAAGUACGAUGAAAUGCUUCAUACCGUUAUGUUUCUUUGUUGUUUUGAAUCGCUUACGGUACAGUGUGAAGAGCAGCAAAAGAUGAAUUUGUUGAAUGCAGAUGUACCUCCGAACAGAAACGAAACAAUGAAAUUCUCGUAUUUAAAUUGCUCUCCGUGCAAACAGCACGGCGAUUUGCGGAGUGGUACAUUAGCAGCCACUGCUUUUCAUACGGCAACUUUGCGCACAUCAAGCAAAUAUUGGGUAUUCUCAGUUCAUUCGUAG